AUGAAGCCUCUACGCCUGCGAGCCUCGAGUCUGAGGAGCACGACCGUGGCACGAGCUCCCAUCACGCCUGUCCAUCGACUCGCAAGUGUUCUCCCCAAUGGUCAACACCACCGGCCUCAACCACUCAUCUCCUCGACCACCACCACCACCACCCGCCCUCAAUCCACCUCGACCACGCAAUGCCAACAGGACAUCCAGUCCAAUCGCUCGGCCCAACAGGACCGGACCCGCAUCGACCGGCAACCGACCGAGUACAGCAAAUCCGGGACGGACGACGCGGUGGCAGCCCAGGCCGUGUCCUUCUCGCCGGACAGCAGCGCGACGGCCGACCCGGCAGAAUCGAUCGCCCAGGCGGCAGAGCAGAUCUCGGACCUGACCAACGCGUCGACAGCGGGGACGUCGAACGCGAGACCGACACCGCCGCGAGCCGCGCCCUUCAACCCGCUCGAGGUCAGCCCGGCCAACGUGGAGAUCAGCUCGACGACGUCGGAGCUCGAAGGGGCGGCGACGGUGCGUGACGCCGAUGGUGUCGUACCCUCGCAGAGCAGGACGUACGUGGGCACCACGACGCAGAAGUCAAAGUCGACCACCGUGGCGGCGACCUCGACCGGCGCGCCGCGGAAAAAGGUCUUCGCCGGCACGGACACCAGGAAGGACGCCAUGCCCGGAGGCGCCGCGCAGGACGAGGCCCAGGGCGCCGGCGCCGGCACCGGCGGAGGGAAAGGCCCGAUCAUCAGGCCUGGGUCGAGAUAG